CUUUAAAAUUAAAAUUUAAAUGAUAAAAUGCAUGCAACGUUGAGUGAAAUUGAAACCCGUGUGGUGUCACGUCUAAACAAAGAGCUUGGCAAAGAUGCCAGCAGGCUACAUCAGUCUACGGAGCUUGUAAGCCACUACAAGGAGCGGUUGAAAUCAUUACAACAAACACUUAAUUAUGAGAACGCUGAUCCGCAAAGAGAGUGUCGAUAUAGAUCGGCGUUUCAGUUUCAAGAGCAGGUGUGCGAGAGUAUUGACUUUGAACUCGAGAAACUCGCUCAAUUCUCUGCGCAGCUUAAGUUAAAGCUCAAGGAGUGUCAGCCAGCGCUGGAUGGUGUUGCUGAGGAUCUACAGAAAGUGCGGCAUUUUCAAAGGGUAACUCAAUAUCUGCGUCUGGUACAGGACAUACAAGAAAUCAGCGCUGCCUUGACCAACACUAUUAAUGGCAAGGACGAGGCAAAACUGGUUAACAUCUACCUAACGCUCUACGAGGGCAAUGACUGUGAACAUAGCGUAGUCGGACGUCUUCAGGCAGUCAAUGCGCAAUCACUAAAAUCCUACGCCGAAGCCACUGCCAUCUAUUGGCACCGACGACUUAUGCAGCGGCUGUCCAGCGAGUUUGAAGCUGUACUCAAGAGCCUACGAUGGGCGCACUUGGAGCAGCAGCCGUUGAACUAUUCUCCCAGUCGUGACACUGCCAAGGCGCAACUGCUUGCUGAGUAUAUGUUUUUAAUUAAAUCACCAGCGGAAGAGCAUGCCCCUCUGCAAAGCAUCACUCCUAGCAUUGUCUGCCCGCCUAUAAGUCAAGUGGUGCAGCUGUUGCUGGCGCCUUAUCGCCAGCGUUUUACGUUCCAUUUUACAGGCACACGCCAAACAAAUCGAUUAGACAAGCCUGAAUGGUUCUACACACAAAUUCUGAAUUGGGGCAAGGAGACGCAUUUCUUUGUGGGCAACACAUUUCAACCUGCCGCUAUGAAUGCGGGCAAGCUUGACUACAAUCUGCGGCUGGAAUUUAUGCGUGGCUUAGUGCAAUUAAUCAUUGAGAAGCUUGCUGUUGACAUAGAGCAAAUAGCACAGGAUGAGCACUUGUUUGCGCAUCUUUUGGAUGAGACUUUGGCCUUUGAAACAGAGCUGCGUGACACAUUUGGCUAUCCAGCCAGUUUUCCCAGCGCCAUUUCUGUGCUUACACAGCCUAUGUAUUUGCUUCGAUGGAUUGCGCUGGAGGAGCAGUUUUGUGCGGAAAAAAUGGAUGAUAUACUGCAGGCGGAGACACCUUUCCAGCUCAUUGAUCCCAAUACAUACGAGGAUGAUUUGAAGAUACCCAAGUGUGCGGAUCAAUUUAUGCGCUUGUUGGAGGCAAUAAAAGAUCGUUACUACGCACUCAUACAACCAGGACACCAGCUGCAAUUCUUAAGCCUACAACUAGAGCUAAUUGACAGCUUUCGGCGACGACUGGUGCAGCUGCAUAGCAGCGGCGCUGUUGCCAGUUUACCCAUACUCAAUGCUAUUAACUAUUUGAUUAUGGUGUUGCGCGAAUGGGGCGAGAAUGUGCACUAUUUGCAUCUGCAUGCUGCAUUGGCAGGUCCGAAUGCUUCCGAGAUUAAUUCGGUGUUUGAGCAUGCUGUCGCCGAGUUAGAGCAUUGGGCACGUCAGCUAAUGAAAAACCUGUCCAACAAAGCGGUUAAUGAGAUGAAAGCCAAGUCAAUGAGCUAUCGACAUGAUGCCUGGCCCAGCAUGCCCGAACAGAAUAGCAAGGAGCCGUUUAUACUCUCACCCAGUGGCGGGGAAAUGUUUCAAGUACUUGUCACGCUGCUACACAAUUUAGAGAGUGAGCUCUCCACUAAUCUCUUUGAGCAAACGCUGCGAUUAAUGGCCCAACAAAUUGAUGACUUUAUGCUAGAGAGCAUGAUAUUAAACACAAAGUUUUCACCAGCUGGUGCCGCUCAAUUCAACUAUGAUAUGACGCUGUUGUUUGCGCUUUUCGGACAAUACACUCGCCGUCCCGAGCUGCUUUUCAAGCGAAUACAUGACGCUAGCAAAUUGUUGACUGCGGCGCGGAGCACGGCACUGUUGCUGCUGGAAACACUGAGUAGUGGGCAGUCAGUAGAGGAGAAAACGAAGCCACUGCAUGAGCUACGCGUGCUCAGCUUGGACAGCAAACAGUGCAUUGAGGUGUUGGAGCGACGAACCGACAUUAAAAUGUUUUGAAAUAAAGCAGACGUGGUCAGUUUGAUAAACAUUUGAUGUGAUUACAUUUCUA